AUGAUCCGACAGACGUACGUCACCGCUUUUAUAGCAGCUUGUUUGGUGGCAGGCUCUCAAGCCGGCCCCUGUAAACCAAGCUCCCGGACAACUGAAGGCCUUACGGAUACCACGAGCGAUGCUCCGACCACUCUCGGCUCCACAACUGUAUCCAGCUUUGGCGAAACCACUGCGGUCGCAUCCUCCUCCACUUAUCUCUCAAACGAAGAAUCGAGUAUCGUUAUCACGGAGUCCGUAAGCAGCACAGAGACGUCUGUGGACCCCAGGGAAACAUCUACCACUGCCCUGUUGACAACCGAAGACACGACGACUGAAGCUGCCUCCACUACUGUCACGACGACUGCAUCGGAGGCUACAUCGGCUAUACCUUUCAUCAGCAAUACUGGAUUCGAUGAUGACGAUUCAUCUGUCGCGCCUUGGGAACUCUACUACGACGAGUUUGCCGUAUCCAUCGCCUCUGGUGUCAAGCAUGACGGACCCAACUCUGCUCUCGUGGCCAAAACCCUAGGGGCGAGACUCCUCAUAGACUACAUCAGACAGCCGCUCCAGGGUUCCAUCACUGCUGGUGUUACCUAUACCAUGUCCGCUUGGGUCAAUGCAAACUCCCUCUGCCCUGCUGUUACGCUCAUAUGCUCAUAUCAAAGUAACGCUUGGACGGAUGCCACGCCUAUUGAUCUCACCUCGAGUGUAGACCAGUGGAAUUUGGACGAUAUCCCAUCCUUAGCAGGCAAAGUCGCCCUCGUCACAGGAGCCAACACUCCAGAUGGCAUCGGCUAUCACAUCGCACAUCAACUCGCACUCAAGGGAGCAAAAGUCUACAUCGGCGCCCGCAAUCUUCAAAAAGCAACAAAAGCUAUCAGAACCAUGCUUGCCGAAUCACCGCAGCUAAAACCCGAAUCUCUUGUUCCAUUUGCCGUUGACAUGGGAAAUUUCAAACAAGUGCAGUUCGCUGCGAGAAAGGUUGUUGCAGAGGAGCCCCGGCUUGAUAUUCUAGUCAAUAACGCUGCUGUUAUCGCCAGACCUCUUGAUAAAGACGGCAAUGGCAUCUCUGUCUCAUUUGGCAUCAAUCACCUCGGCCCUUUUCUUCUUACUAGGGAGCUGUUACCGCUGCUUAACAAGACUCAAGCUGAACAUCCUGGGGUGCGGAUUGUGAAUGUUGCUUCGACGGCUCACUAUGAUGUUCCGACGGGUGCAAAAUUUGGAUCGCUAGAAGAUUUCAAUAAUGCCUAUGGUAGUGAGAAUGAGCCUUUAGCUAAUUAUCUUCGGUACGGCUACUCCAAACUCGCAACUAUUCUGCACACCAAAGAACUUCAGCGCCGUUUUGACCAAGAAGGCGUUGACAUUCUAGCCCUCAGUGUUCAUCCCGGAGGGGUUGCAACAGAUGGAGCGGCAGGAUAUCUUGGGGGGAGAGACAACGACGUCUUCCGAUCGAACCUCUCACCUUUCGAGGGUGCCAUCACGCCUCUGUUUGCUGCUGCCCACCCGGAACCAGCUCAGCACAGAGACAAGUAUGCUGGAUCAUUCAUCAUGCCGUUUGGUGGACUGAAAGAACCAACCGAGGAUGCGAAUAACGCCGAGUUGGCGAAACAGCUUUGGACAACGUCUGAGCAGGUGGACUUUGCCUUCAGCUUCGUCGGGGGACCAUUCGCGUGGCACUGGCCUCUCGCUUUUCAAGCUGCCUUUGCAUUAUGGGUCAUCUUUGUGGUGUUUGGUGUACCUGAAUCACCUCGUUGGUUGCUCAACCAUGGGAAGAGACAAGAGGCCAUAGAAGUGCUGUCAACAGUCUAUGAUAACCCAAUUGAUCACCCUGAUAUCCCGCGAGAGGUCCAUUCAAUGGAGACGGCGUUGUCCAUUGAAGCUGAAGCAGCGAGAAGUACUUCUUUGGCUUCCACAUUCAGAAAGGAUAAAGUUAGCACGAGAUACCGAGUCUUUCUUGCUUGGUAUGUGCAGUUUAUGAACCAGACUGGCGCUGUUCUGACCGCCAACAUCGAGCUCGAACAUAGACUUGCACAGAUCAUUGCCGGCUGUAUCCAGCUGAUGUUCCCCAUCGACUCCUUGCUCCCAACACUGGCUUUAGACAAGAUGGGUCGUCUAUCUACCAUGAUAUGGGGGUCUGCUGGACUGUCGUUCUCGGUGAUGAUGGUUGCCGCACUUUUAUCUCAGGUUGAUGAUAUAUCACGAGGCCGAGCAUUUGCUGCUAGGUCAGUAGCUUUCUUCUUCACCUACAUGCUCGUCUUCGGUGCGAGUAUGAACUGUGUUCCUUCUAACUGGCUCUGGAAUUCCAAAGUAGUCAUGAUCACUCCCGUCCUCAUUAAUCGUCUUCAGUGGAAGGCAUAUCUCAUUUUUAUGGCUACCAACCUCAUUUUCGUUCCGAUUAUCUUCGUCUUGUACCCCGAGACGUCUAACUUGGUUCUUGAAGAGGUUGACAACAUUUUUGCUCGUGGUGAGAAUAUAGUUCAAGUGGCUAGGGAUAUGCAGAAAGAGCUUGCUCUCUAUGAGCUGUUGGCGGAUGAUUAUCCUGAGAAGGCAACAAAGGUGGAAAGCAAGCCGCAUGAGAAGGGUGAUGAAUUUGUUGAGCAUGCCCAAGCUUGA